CAAGGACAGGCAAGGACCGCGAGCGCAGCAGAAUCGGCGGCGAUCCCAUCAGGAUAACUUUGCCUGAUCACAAUGGCGCCGUGAAGGAAGGCAAGAAGUGGAUGUCUACCCCGAUGGACAUUGCUAAGGAGAUACUAUCAAGCAAGCUAGCGGCUAGCUGUUUGAUUGCUCAAGUGAAUGGAGAACCCUGGGAUAUGACAAGGCCACUCGAAGAUAACUGUGAACUCAGGUUGCUCGACUUCGACACCGUGGAAGGGUGUGCCACCUUUUGGCGCUCGAGUGCUCUUAUUCUUGGAGAAGCUCUGGAGAGUUUGUACGGCUGCAAACUGUGUAGUCUCUCGCCUUGUACUACAAAUGCGGAAGGUUUCUACUGUGAUGCCUACUACAAUGAUAUCACUCUGAACGAGUCGGAUUUCGGUCGCAUCCAAGAUAAAGCUCGAAAAGUGGUCGCCGCGAAGCAGCCAUUUGAACGUAUUGUAGUCUCCAGGGCCGAAGCUCUGAAAUGCUUCGCUGAAAACAAAUUUAAGGUUGAAAUCAUUAGUGAGUUGCCUGACGAAGCCAUUACAUUAUAUAGAUGUGGUUCUUUAGUUGACCUGUGCCCUGGACCACACAUCCCGAAUACUUCCUUUGUGAAAGCUUUUACUUGCCUCAAGGCUUCAGCUUCAUAUUGGAGAGGAAAAGCAAACCGCGAGAGCCUGCAGAGAGUACAUGGAAUUUCUUUCCCUGAUUCUGAACGUCUUAAGGAAUAUGAAGCUAGGAUAGAGGCUGCCGAGGAGCGCAAUCAUAGGAUAUUGGGGGAGUCCCAGAAACUCUUCUUUUUCAGUCCACUUAGUCCAGGAAGUCCCAACUUCCUUCCACAUGGUAUUAAAAUUAAAAACAAAUUGUUCAGUUUCUUGCGACAAGAAUACAGGGACAGAGGCUACCAAGAGGUUGAGAGUCCAAAUGUUUACAACAUGGAGAUUUGGGAAAAAUCUGGGCAUGCUAUGAACUACAAGGAGAACAUGUUUACUUUUGAGAUCGACAAAAGGGAGUUUGGUCUUAAGCCAAUGAAUUGUCCUGGGCAUUGCAUAAUAUUUAAGCACGGGACUCAUUCUUACAGAGAGUUGCCACUGCGCAUUGCUGAAUUUGGCGUUCUUCACAGAAAUGAGGCUAGUGGUGCACUUACAGGUUUGACACGCGUUAGAAGAUUCCAACAGGAUGAUGCACAUAUUUUUUGUAGAGAGAGCCAAAUCAAGGAAGAAGUUAAGAGCGUUUUGGAAUUUAUUAAGUAUGUCUACGACAAAUUCGGGUUUAACCAUGAUUAUGAAUUGGAGUUAUCAACGAGACCUGAGAAGUAUUUAGGUGACAUUGAAACCUGGAACAAAGCAGAGCAACAACUUAGAGAAGCCUUGCUUGAGUUUGGGAAGCCAUUUGAGAUUAAUGAAGGAGAUGGUGCUUUCUAUGGCCCAAAAAUCGAUGUUGGUGUGUUUGAUGCCCUCAAAAGGAAACAUCAGUGUGCGACAAUUCAGCUGGACUUUCAGCUGCCUAUUUGCUUCGAUCUUACUUACUCUACAGAGGAAGGAACCGAAAAGCCUGUGAUGAUACAUAGGGCAAUCCUAGGAAGUUUUGAAAGGAUGUUUGCUAUUCUUUUGGAGCAUUACAAUGGUAAAUGGCCGUUGUGGCUAAGCCCUCGUCAAGCCAUUGUUUGCUCUAUAUCGCCCAAAUCAGUAGAAUAUGCAAAGCAGGUUCAUGCUAAGAUAUAUAAAGCUGGUUUUGAUGUUGAAAUCGACACAAGUGACAAAAAAAUUGACAAAAAGGUUGCUGAAGCUCAAACUCAAGGCGCCCAGUUUAACUAUAUUCUUGUCGUAGGUGAAAGAGAGGCAAAAUCUGAAACGGUCAGCGUGAGGCUAAGAGGCAGCCGCGAACCCGAACGAUCUCCAAUGAGCAUUGACAACGUCAUCGCACGUUUUAGGGAUGAAGUGGCAGCUUACAGAUAGGGUUGCGAGAGAAGCUCCAAGCCGGGGCUCGAUUCACGCAUAUUGAGUACGUAGUGUGCCAAGCCGCGCGCUAUUUGUAUAUGUAGUAGGAAAAUUUGGAUGCUGAAUUGUUGGUGUUUGAAGUUUGAACCGUGGGGAAUUUAAAUUACUAUGAAGCUCUAGUAGAUCCUUAAUUUCCUGUGUGCCG